UUUUUAAUGGAGGAAGUUAGUGAAAUCUCGGUUAUAGAAGUAGAUUCUACAGAAUUCACGAAAGAAACGAUUAAUAAUAAUGAAAAUACUGAAUACUUUUCUAUAUUACAAUACGAUUUUACGCAAGAAAUUAAUUCAGUAUGUUCUACUAAAAAGCAAUUUAGUAGCACAGUACUCGAUUCUUUAAAACAACUUAAAUUGUUUGAAAAGUUGGAUAUAUAUAUACCGAAUGCAUCAGAGGAGAAUUUUUUUAAAAAUGCUAAAUGGUCACCAGACGGAUCAUGUAUAUUAACGUCAACGAAUGACAAUGUAUUAAGAAUUUUUGAUCUACCUAGAAAUGCUUUAGAAAUAGCUGAUGAAAUUGAAUUAAGCCAGGUUCUUGCCUGUCAUACGGGAGAAACAGUAUACGAUUUUUGUUGGUACCCUAUGAUGUCUAUUCAAGAUCCUGACACUUGUUGUUUUCUCUCGUCAAGUCGUGAACAUCCAAUACAUUUAUGGGAUGCCUAUUCUGGGAAGGUGAGAUGUUCUUAUACCAUAAUUGAUCAUCGGGAUGAAAUUGUAGGACCUAAUGCAUUGACUUUCAAUUUAGACGGUUCAAGGAUAUAUUGUGGAUAUAAGAAUAUGAUAAAAAUUUUUGACUUAGAUCGUCCUGGGCGCGAUGGUCAAGAUAUUAAAACAACCCCUUCACGUAAAAGUAAAGAGGGACAAAAAGGAAUUAUUUCAUGCUUGGCAUUUAAUCCUGAUAGAUCAGGUUUAUAUGCAGCAGGAUCUUAUUCACAAACAAUUGGAUUAUACGAUGAGUCAAACAAUGAAUUGUGUAGUAUCUUACAGGGGACAGAAAAUGAGUCAAUUGGAGACAUUAUACAAGUCCAAUUUUCGCGAGAUGGGAAAUAUCUUUUUUCAUCAUCUCGAAAAGAUAAUUAUAUACGUUGCUGGGAUAUUCGAAAUACUGGCAAUAUUUUAUAUAAAUUGGAACGUAAUGGUAACACGAAUCAGAGAUUAUCAUUUGACCUGGAUAAUACGGGGUCUUUUUUGGUUACAGGAAGUCUUGAUGGAAAAAUGAUCGUUUAUGAUUUGGUUAAUCUUGAUUCUAAAGGAAGUCCACGUAAAGUGUUGGAUAGGUUAGCACAUGAUGAUGCCGUUUCAGCUAUGUCGAUUCACCCUACUUUGCCGCUUAUUGCCUCUUGUUCUGGACAAAGAAAGUUUAAAUUGAUCAAUGGCGAUAUAUCAGAAAAUGAUCAAAAUCAAAACAUCACAAGUGAUAAUUCACUCAAAAUUUGGAGAGCUAAAGGAGAUUAUGCUUGGUGUUAUUAUAGUGCAGAAGGUGAAAUCGUAAUUCACCCUGUAACGAAUAUAGAAGGGGAGGAAAACACAUCAAAAGAAUAUAGUUUUGAUAACCAAGGAACAAUAGAUAUUAGUAAUGAAAUUAGUUUAAACGCUAAUAUUUCAAUGGUCGAAGAACAAAUAAAUAACUCAAAUAUAACUAUUUAGAAGAUUUCUAUAUUAAAUAUGAGGUAAAAUUGAAAUUGAUCUAGUUUCGUUAUUUUAUAAGAAAAAAAAAUUUUUUUAAGUAUUGGUCUUUGUAAAGUUUUUUUUUUUUUU